CACACACAGUGGACAAACACGUACACACAUGCACACAGCCUCACUGGACAGAUACACAGACACACACACACACACACACAGAGGACAGACAGGCAUACACAUCCUUACUGGACAGAUAGACAAACACACACACACACACAGAGGACAGACAGGCCCACACAUCCUCACUGGACAGACACACACACUGGACAAACACGCACACACAUGCACGCAGCCUCACUGGACAGAUAGCCAAACCCACACACACACUGCACAGACACGCACCCACAUGCACGCAGCCUCACUGGACAGAUAGACACACACACACACGCUGGACAGAUAGGCACCCACGUACAAACCCUCACUGGACAGACACUAACACACACAUACACACACACACACACUCUUUCUCCCCAGUGUAAGAAAGGGGCAGGGAAUGUCUCUACCAACUCGGUUAGAUUGUCCUGUCUCAAGCUCUUAGGAGAGUGCUCUGCCCACAGGGAGCGCUCAGUCAAGGUGAUUGAUUGAUUGAUUGGCAGGUACAGAGGCACGCACAGAGACAAAACACACACACGGAGCGUGGAGUCGAGGCGGCCGUGGGUUUUGCUUCGGCCCCUGUCGGUGGGCGUGCAGGUGUAAAAGCACAUCUGUUCCUGUGCUGACUUUGUGUUGUAACUAGAUUACCACCGUCGCCGCCUUCAUCUUUCUGCAGUUGUUUUCUUCAACUAAGAAGAAAGAGGGACAAAAUACAAACAGCAGCUUUGUUGUCUCUGGAUAUAGCAAGCAAUAUGUUCUGCACUAAACUGAAAGAUCUGAAAAUCACUGGAGAGUGCCCUUUCUCCCUACUGACACAGAGUCAGGUUUCUGAAGAGCGGGAAGAGGAAUGUGCGGAAGGGUCGGAUAUUUGUAGUGCAGCGUUGCCCAUUUGCAGGGAAGUUCAUGAGAAGAAGGUCCAGGGAAAUCUUCCUCAAAGAAAAACCAGUAGAAGUCGAGUGUACUUGCACACUUUAGCAGAGAGCAUUUGCAAACUGAUCUUCCCUGAGUUUGAAAGGUUGUUUCUUGCACUUCAGAGGACACUGGCAAGGCAUAAAAUUAAAGAAAACAGAAAGUCUUUGGAAAAAGAAGAUUUCGAAAAAAUACUUACAGAUCAAGCAAGUGCUGCAGGUGUUCCAGUGGAUAUUCUCAAAGCAUCUCUCGGUGAAGAACUCUUCAAGAUCUGUUAUGAAGAAGAUGAACACAUCUUAGGUGUUGUUGGAGGAACCCUUAAGGAUUUCCUAAACAGCUUCAGCACCCUCCUGAAGCAGAGUGGUCACUGCCAAGAGGCAGAGAAAAGGGGCCGUGUUGAAGAAGCUUCGAUACUAUGUCUGGAGAAGGAUCAAGACUUCCUCAAUGUUUACUAUUUUUUUCCCAAAAAAAUAACGACUCUGAUUUUCCCUGGCAUCAUUAAAGCAGCAGCUCACACAUUAUAUGAAACUGAGGUGGAAGUGAAACUUCUGCCUCCCUGCUACCACAGUGACUGCAGUGAAUUUGUUAACCAGCCCUAUUUGUUAUACUCUGUUCAAGUCAAAAGCACAAAACCUUCUCUCUCCCCUUGUAAGCCCCAGUCCUCCCUGGUGAUCCCUGCAUCUCUCUUCUGUAAGACAUUUCCAUUCCAUUUCAUGUUCGACAAGGAUAUGGCUGUUUUGCAAUUUGGCAAUGGCAUACGGAGGCUGUUAAAUAGGAGAGAUUUCCAAGGAAAGCCAAAUUUUGAAGAAUACUUUGAAAUUCUAACGCCUAAAAUUAACUACUCAUUUAGUGGAAUUAUGACUAUGUUGAACAUGCAGUUUGUCAUAAGGGUGAGGAGAUGGGACAACUCUGUGAAGAAAUCUUCAAGGGUCAUGGAUCUCAAAGGCCAAAUGAUCUACAUCAUUGAAUCCGGCACCAUCUUGUUCUUAGGGUCACCCUGUGUUGAUAGAUUGGACGAUUUCACCGGCCGAGGUCUCUACCUUUCAGAUAUUCCGAUUCAUAAUGCACUGAGGGAUGUGGUCCUGAUAGGAGAACAGGCCAGAGCUCAAGAUGGACUAAAGAAGAGGUUAGGAAAACUUAAAGCCACCCUAGAGCAGGCCCACCAAGCACUCGAAGAGGAAAAGAAGAAGACGGUAGAUCUUUUGUGCUCUAUAUUUCCUGGCGAGGUUGCUCAGCAGCUCUGGCAGGGACAAGUUGUGCAAGCCAAGAAAUUUAAUAAUGUCACAAUGCUUUUCUCUGACAUUGUAGGAUUCACUGCAAUCUGUUCCCAGUGCUCACCUAUGCAGGUUAUCACCAUGCUUAAUGAACUGUAUACUCUGUUUGAUUACCAGUGUGGAGAGUUGGAUGUCUACAAGGUGGAGACGAUUGGAGAUGCGUAUUGUGUAGCUGGAGGUUUGCAUAAAGAAAGUGAGACUCAUGCUGUUCAAAUAGCCCUUAUGGCUCUGAAGAUGAUGGAGCUGUCAGACGAAGUGAUGUCUCCCCAUGGAGAACCUAUCAAGAUGCGAAUUGGCCUGCAUUCUGGUUCUGUCUUUGCUGGAGUUGUUGGAGUGAAAAUGCCUCGUUAUUGUCUCUUUGGAAACAAUGUAACCCUGGCUAACAAAUUUGAGUCGUGCAGUGUGCCACGGAAAAUUAAUGUCAGUCCAACAACAUACAGGUUACUGAAAGAAUACCCUGGUUUCGUGUUUACUCCCCGUUCGAGAGAGGACCUACCACCAAACUUCCCCAGUGAAAUCCCUGGAAUUUGUCACUUUCUGGAUGCUUACCAUCAAGAAACAAAUUCAAAGGCCUGGUUCCAAAAGGGAGAUAUCGAAGAUGGCAAUGCUAACUUUCUGGGCAAGGCAUCGGGAAUAGACUAAGUUGUGGGUCCAUCCUCUGGCGAAGCCAUGUUUUAGAUAUGUUGAUUUUUUUAAUAUCUAAUGAGAUUGAGUGAAGCCUAUGAAAGCACUUUAGAAUUACAGAAACCUGAAAAGCAGUAUUAAAGUUUCAGGAGCUAACACAUGCUGCUUUUGAAUUCCACUUUGCAUGUCAGAGUAUAUUCUAACAUUUCACCUCUAUUGUUCUAAAAUGAUGCAUCCUAAAAGGUACUUUUUUGUAGCAGUUGGUGUUACACAAAAAUCACUUCAGAUUUACCCGUUAUAAUUAUAAACAUCUUGUACAUUUAUCAAAUUUUUAGUGUGCUGUACAAAGUGAUAAAGUCACCUGAAGUGUUGUGCACUGAGUGUCAGUGUCAGUCGUUACUGAAAUGUAGUUUUCAUUGUGCUGCACCCCCAAAAAGAAAUCACCAUAAAUUAUGGCCCUUACUCGUGUAACUCUACCAUUUGUAAUAUGCACCUUUUCACUAUACCUACCAGGAUAUAUACCAAAGUAGGCAAAUGUAUUGCUUUGCAAAGAUUUUUUUUUUUCAUUUUUCAGGAAGUAAAUAGUUAUUGGUCAGAUAUUAUGUACUCACAAGCUAAGUCAUUGUAAUCAACCAAAACUAUUUUAGUUCAUAAGUUUUAAGAAGUUACUCUCCUGAUAUUAUGUAUUAUAGAAAUAAAUGUUUUAUCCUGUUUGACAUUUA